AUGCAACCUGUUGCCUGUACAGGUAGCCCUAAGGGACCUUGGAGACAACUCUUCUUAGUGGGCAUUCAUGACUGGCCUGCUGUUUCUCAAUCUAGACUCCAGACAGGUAUGCGCGGUGCCUUUGGAAAGCCCCAGGGCACAGUGGCCAGGGUCCACAUUGGCCAGGUCAUAAUGUCCAUCCACACCAAGCUGCAGAACAAGGAGCAUGUGAUUGAAGCCCUCCACCGGGCCAAGUUCAAGUUCCCUGGCCGUCAAAGAUCCACAUCUUCAAGAAGUGGGGAUUUACCAAGUUCAAUGAGGAUGAAUUUGAGAACAUGGUGGCAGAAAAGUGACUCAUCCCAGACGGCUGUGGGGUCAAAUACAUCCCUAAUCGUGGUCCCCUGGACAAAUGGUGGGCCCUGCACUCAUGAGCAUCAGCUCUGUUCCCUCCUUAAUCACGCUCACCAAUAAAUGCUAUUUCCUGUCAAAA